GAUUGAUGUGUUUUAAUUCGGUUUUAUUUUCUUGUAUAUCCAACAAUUUUAUUUGCAGUAAAUGGCUCGCACCAAGCAAACUGCCCGUAAAUCAACUGGUGGCAAAGCCCCACGUAAGCAAUUGGCUACUAAAGCUGCACGCAAAUCUGCCCCAGCAACAGGUGGUGUCAAAAAACCUCAUCGUUACAGGCCAGGAACGGUCGCUCUUCGUGAAAUUCGACGGUAUCAAAAGUCGACCGAAUUACUCAUUCGAAAGCUGCCGUUUCAGCGACUGGUUCGAGAAAUCGCUCAAGAUUUCAAGACCGAUUUGCGUUUUCAGAGUUCGGCAGUUAUGGCUUUGCAAGAGGCAUCAGAGGCUUAUCUUGUUGGCUUGUUCGAAGACACCAAUUUGUGUGCCAUUCACGCCAAGCGAGUAACCAUUAUGCCCAAAGAUAUUCAGUUAGCCCGUCGUAUCCGUGGAGAACGAGCUUGAACUGCCUGAAAUGUUUAUUGUAAUUUAAACUCUUUGUCCUUUUAUUAGCUGUCUCGACAACGGUCCUUCUCAGGACCACCA